AAAUGAUUUCUUACAGGAGGAUGUACACCCGGUUUGUUAGGCACUGGGAUAAAGUUCGGAUGUACUAUGAGCAUGGACUCACUUUAAAACCAGAAAAUUACGAAGCUAUGAAACUAAGUCAUCUUGAUUACAGAACUGCCAAUAUAGAGAUUACUCAAAAGAGGAAAACAUCUAUCUAUAGAGAGGCUUUACAGAAAUUUUAUAAGAGAUAUCCAGAUGUAAAGUACUCAAUUGCUCGUGAUGCACCUGGUCUAGUGGGUAAACGCCCUGAAAACCCUGCUCUACUCUUCAUCGAGAAGCAGAUGAAACUUAUGGACAAAGGAUACUCUGAAAAUAAAGCAUUUGAAAUUCUUGAAAAAGAAAUGGCGGAGAAACUAGAAGUUCAGAGAGAUGAGAACAGAAUCCUCAGAGGAUUUGCAAUUAAUAACAGAGCUAGAAGUUAUCUCAACUAUUCUCAGCAGCUUUCUGAGGCUGAAGGAAAAGCUAAGGUUGACCAACUUGACAGAGAUCUUCCUAAAUAUCUAUAUCAGCAGCAAAAGUGGGAUAUUAUGGCUAAGGAACAAGGAACUAUGGAAGAAAAUCAAAGACAAUUGAUUGAAAAUAGAGGAUCUAUUAUCAAUGAAACUUUUAAAAAUCUAGAUUACACUACAGAAUCAGCUGAACAAUACUUCAGUCAGUAUGUUCCUACUUCCAAGUUGGAGUUUCCAUUUGAGCAUGAUAACUAUCAACCGGCCACUUAUGAGGUUGUGAAGCAUGCUUAUAAUAUGAAAGACAAGGAAAGCCUUAUUGAAGUUCACGAUGGAUUCAUUAACAGAGCUGAAUCUUUGAUCAAGGCCCAUAAGUACAGAGCUAGUCUUGCUGAUGGCCUCAAAGGAUUAAGUGAUAGAGAGAUCAUCCAAAAGGUCAGAGAAGUCCCUACCAGGAUCAAGAAAAACUCUAAAUCUCUAGUCAAAAAGCUAGAGAAGAUGAAUGUGAGGCUGAAUGAUGAUGGCUCAGUUAAUUAUAGCCAAGUUCCUUACCCACACGUUGUUAAAUCUCUUCAAAAGAUGGAAGGAGUUGUCAAGAUUGCCCUCAUGCACAAAGACCUUGAGUUUGAGUAUCCUCAGCACUUUGAAAAGCUCCAAAUCAAGGGCGAUAUGAUGAAAAUGAUCAAUGCAGAAGAGAUGAAGCUCGAACAACUCAAAUUAGAGAAAGAGAUCAAGGAAAAGGCAGACCCAGAACUUAGCUAUGAGCAAUACUUUGAAAGCCUCAUCUCUGAUAAAGUAAAGGACAUCAAUGUUGCUAGAACCAGAGGUAAAGACAUCGACAGUAAGACUGAGACAGAACUCAUCUUUGAAAAAGACCUUGAAGAGAGAGCAGGAUUGUUCAUUGAAGAUGACUUUGAGAGAGAAAAGAGACUAAGAGAAAUGUGGAUUGAUCUUAAAAGAAAGAAUGUCAUUGGUGGUCCAGAUGCUAGAACUACUGAUGAACAGUUUGAAUUACAAGAGCUCAUCGUUGACAAAAUUAGAGAUUUGAGAUGGAAGAUUGACCAGGAGAUGGUUAAGCAGGAUCUUGACCCAAUCUUUAAGAAAGCUUAUCAUAAAUACACAAAGGAUGAAUUUAUGUAUGAUGCUGAUCUUCAAUUCAGUAAAUUAAAGAGCUUCUUGAGCAAGAAUCCAAGAGUUUUGAAGGAGGAUGAAAUUAUUGGUCAAGAAUAUCUAGGAAUCAUUCAGCUUAUUAGAAGAAAGAAGCUUCUUGAAUACUCGACACCAGCUUAUGCUAAGGAACAUGAACUGAGUUACGAUGCUCAAAUUGCUAUGUCAAAGGAUAAAACAAUGGGAUACAGAAAAGACUUAAUUGAACUUGAGAAAGAUCAGGAGAGACUUGAUCUUAUCGAUCAAAAAUUGUCAGAAAGAGAUAUUGGUCAAGAGAAUGAUACUCCUUUCAUGGAAAAUCAGACCCAAAAUGAUGGCAAAUUUAUGUCCCAGUUUGAGCGUGCUUCAAAAUAAUAAUGUUCCAAUCACACUUCAA